AUGUCUUUGACUUCAAUAGCUUCAAACCAAUUAUCUUCUAAAGUUACUUUAAAAGUCAUUAAUGAUUCUGAUAAUAUCAAUGAUCAUAUCCUAAACGAGCUUAAAGUUCACCAUAAAUGCCGUAAUCCAAGAGUUAUACCAUUCUAUGGAAUAGCAAAAGCACCUGUAGGAAAGGAAUAUGCCAUGGUAAUAAGAUAUGCAGAACAUGGAGACCUACGAAAUUAUAUUCGUAAAUUUUUUCCAAAAUUAACUUGGACUGAUAGAGCAAAGAUUCUUAUCGAACUAUCAAAAGCUUUAUAUUCAAUCCAUCAAAUGAAUUUAGUUCAUAAGGAUUUCCAUUGUAAAAAUAUUUUAGUAGACGAAGAUGAUAGAAUUUUUAUAAGUGAUUUUGGACUUAGUCAACCAAUUGACUCUGAAAUAGCUUCGAAUAGUAUUCAAGGAGUUUUGCCUUAUAUCGCUCCCGAAGUUCUGAGAUGUAAACCAUAUACAAAACAAUCAGAAGUGUAUAGUUUAAGUAUGAUAAUGUGGGAAUUAACUUCUGAUGAAGCUCCAUUUUCAAAUAAUCAUCAUGACGCGGGUCUUGCGCUUGAAGUUCUUGAUGAACUGAAACCGCUGAGGCCCGAAAUUGUUAAGGGAACACCAGAAUUUUAUGCUAGCAUUAUGGAGCAAUGUUGGAGUUCUGACCCAUUAAAAAGACCUGAUGCUUCUCUUUUACCGAAAUUAUUCGAAGAAAUGAUAGAUCUAUGUAAAGUGGCUGAUGAUAAUAUAGCUUCAUCAAAAAUAACUUGUUAUUCAUCAUUGUCUGAAUCUAAUUUUGUAACUAAUAAUAGUGUUAUUUCAGGAUAUGGCACUAGAGCAACUGAUAAUCUUAAUAUGGCACCAACUUAUUACCCUAAGGAAAAAACGAAUAUGAGACCAAAGCGUUUGACUAUACUCUCGAAGAAGACAAUUACAAUUCUCCUCCUCCUCCUCCUCCUCCUCCUCCUCCUCCUCCUCCUGAUGUUUUACGAAAUUAAAGAUGAUAAUGAUGAUAACAAUAAUAUAUUUAAUGAAGUAGAAGAUCCUAGAUAUAAUACACAAACUUACAAAUUUUCUUUGGACGAUUUGAACAAGGCUUAUAAUGAUUUAAUUAAUAAUCGUUUGAGAUUAUUGGAUAUUUCAUAA